CUCCUGAUGCUGCACCAGUUGGUGAACGCACCAGCAUCACUGACGGUCGUUUCUCAAUUCCUUGUUGUUCUUUUCUCUUCGUACUUUUCUCAUUUCACCAUCGGCAAGUCUGUUUUUCCAACCUUUGUUGUUUUCACGCUCUUAUUCCAACCGGAAUCGGCAGCCGGGCAACGUCAAGAAAGGAACAAUUGACGUACACACAGCAGACAUUUUUCGCUGUAUUAAACAUUUCGGGGGUUUAGACAAUUGAAACCAAAAAAUCGUUUGUUACUGGUGGUGGUGUCGUCUGUUUUAUUAUUAUUUUGUUGAGCUUCCGCUUGAUUUCAUCCGCCCAUCCGAGUGGAAGAGCCGUAACAGCAACAGUACAACCGCACAUCGACGCCAACAACAGGACAAAAGAGACCCGAGGUUAUACAACGAUAGUUCCAGCUGCAGUCGACAUUCGAUGAAUGCAAAAUGAAGGCGUCGCUACUACUUCAAUCGGCAUUUGUCACGGUCCUCGUAGGCCUACUCACCCUCGAGCGUUUCCUCGACGCCGCGGCGCUGACUCAGCCGCCGGCCUUUUCUCCCAACUCGACGUCGCCAUCGUCGUCGACAUGGAACGUCGUUUGGCCUAGGGCCGUCAUCUUGGGAUCGACGACCGUCAUGUGGAUCGAUCUGGAAGGAUCGCAGCAGACGACCAACGCCAUCGUGACGGUCCGUCUGGCCGACUCUCGACGCACUUACGAGCAAAAGACCCUGACGCUCCAUCACGGCGAGGCAAUCAGUCCCGUUGAGCUGACCAUCCCGAUGAGUUACGACGGCCAGCUGACGGUCCGCCUCGGCUGCGGAAGCCCCGCUAAUGCCAGCAGCAGCGGAAAUGGAAGCAACGUCGUCGGCGGUGGUGGCUGCCAAAGUGAAGAGUUCCCCGUUCAUCCAUUAGAGGCGAUCCAAUCUCUCAGUUUGCGUCUGGAGCGCACCGUUUAUCAUCCGGAUGAUGUUGUGUCUAUCUGGUUGGCUUGUUUGGAUCAGCACGGCCAAAUCAUCGCCGGGGCCGACCCGGAGCGCGGGCCGUCCAGGACGGAACAGGCUGCCGCCAUGCAUGACGUGGCCUCGUCUGUCCAGGUGGCUGCUCACGAUCCCAACAAUGUCAUCGUCCACUACUGGAGCGUUUCACUUGUCGGCUCCGGUCUCAAGAAUUUGCUCUUCCAGCUGAGCGAUCUGCCGCAGCAGACGGGAAUGUGGACGAUCCGGGCCACGGCCGGAGGAUUGACGGCCGCCCAGAGUUUCCGCUUGAUCCGGCGACAGCAUCAAAGCCGCCAGCAGAUGGACAGGAAUGCGACCGAGCCGGAAGAAAAGCCCAUCGAUCCCUCACCAAUGGUCGAGUCCCAUUUCGUCGAGCUGGAUUUCAGCCCGAGGACGGCGUCGGUAAUCCAGCAAGGAUCGCCAUUCGCCGGAGAAUUGAUUGCUGGGACGUCGGAGCGGGGCAUCACGGUUGGAUUGGACGUGCUGGACCAGCACGGAGCUUCGCUCCACCACCAAACGAUCCACUUCAACCGGACGACGUCGACGAUAAUCUUCACCGUUCCGGCCCUUUCAAACCUGACGAGCAACGCAACUUUGCAAGGCACUCUGAAAUCGAUCGAGGGACAACCGCUGGAUAGCCAAUUCGUCUUGGCAUCCCAUUCGUUGGGUGUCAGCACUUGGCCGGAAUCGGGCGACAGCAGCGGCAACUGUAAUGUCCAGCUGUUCAGCCAAAAUGGCAAAUAUCGAUUCAUGGAAGGAGAAACGCUGCACUUGAGCAUCUAUUCCGGAUGCAAGUUGGUGGGAAAUCGCAUCAACUACGCCGUCAUCUCGCGAUCCUCGGGCCAUGUCAUCUCCUGGGGCCAAGAGUACUUGGUAGCGAUGACUGCGGGAUCGAUCGUUCAAACUGGAAACCAGAGCGAAGGCGGCGACGAAUCCAAAUGGGCGGCGGAAUUGAAUCUGAGCAUUCCAGUCAUUUACGAGAUGAUCCCGCGUGCCAUUGUCACCGUCUUUUUCUCGCACGACGACGGCCAGCAUUUGGCGUCCAGCUCGCUGGACGUCCAAGUGUACAACAACGUUGAAACCAAGGUGACAGUUGUGGGAGUGAAAGGCAAUAAAGUUCGGGUGAACAUGACGCUCAAACUAGGAUCCUACCAUUGUCUUUUCGGCUCGUGGGCUGAUAAGGAAAUGGCCAACUCGGCCGAGGUCCAAAGUCCAAACUUGCUGGGCCCAUCCAUUGAAACGGACAGAUUCCUGCGACUCUUGCCAAAGUUCCAAGCGCCGCCGACUCCGUGGCAACUUUUCGGCCAGUCCAGCGAACUUUGGUUUGUCCAGUGCUUUGAUCCGAGCGAAUCGACGACGAAAGAGAUGGACCUGGUGGUGGCCAGCGGAUCCGAUCCGCAGUUGACGCUCCUGACGGUCGAUCGAAACGGAAGAGUCCGCCAAUCGAGUCCCGUCACCAUCCCGAUCAAACCCGUCGACUGGACCAUCGAUUUCCAGUUGCCCGAGAGCGUCCGUGUUGGCGAAGAGCUGGUCGUCGAUGUGACACUCACCAAUCGUUUUCAAAACUGUUCUCAAACUCAGUUGCAAAUGGCGCUGACGGGCGGGGCCGGCUUCGUAGCCAACGGCAAAAAGUAUCUGCAGCAGCCGGCCUGUCUGGCGCCCAAAUCGAGGGCCGUCUACCGUGUCGGCAUUCUCGUCAACGAGCUUAGUCCGCUCGUCACGCUCACGGUCCAACUCAAAGGGUCCAGUUCGGGGGCCUGUUGCGCUCCCAGCCAAGUCAUUAACCUGGACGUCCAUCUCGAGCAAAUGGAGACGUUGCCCGUCUCCAAAUCCGUCCGCGUUUCCAGCACCGAAUUCCAGCACUCCCAAUCGGACAGUUACCUCUUUUGCUUGGAAGAAAACGUUUUUGUGUCGAACGCUUCGUCCUUCAAGUACGAAGUCUUGCCACUGGGAAGUCACGUCAAAACAAUCGUGUUCCAGGCUUCGGCGCCGGCCGAUUUGAGAGUCGUCCUGGGCAGUUCAGACAAAUUUGAUGAUGACGAAGCCAUUUCUUACCACCUGGUCAUGGGCGGCGAGGAUAACAUGUACUCUUGGAUAUCCAAACAAAUGAAUGGUUUGUCGGAGAUUAAAACUAAAAUAGCGACGCCGAAAAUAUUGCGUCAGGAUCGGCUGCAGACGUUCUGGAUCAGCUGGGAUCAAAUCAAAUUAGGGAGGAAGAAGAGGAACAAGCCAUCCAUCCCACUUGCCGAUCAAAAUCGCUGGCUCCUGUCGUUUGGCAAAGGAUCGCAUAUUGGGGUUCGCCCGCUCGCGUCAAUCCCACUAGAAGCCGGCGACACUCCGUUCCGCUACAUUGGAUUUUCAACCAGCUGGGGAUUCCGAGGAUUUUUCAGAGUGUGGGGUGCUGAUGGAGCCAUCGAUCAGACGACCAGGACUCUGAGCGUCCCCAAACCGGUUCCUGGCCGUGUUAACGAAGAACAAGCCGAAAUCACCGUCAAAGGUGGAAUAGCGUCAAGUCUAGACGAUAUGUGGAGCGCCACUGGCUCCACCGAUCCGUCGACCCUUGUCACCGUGCUGGAACGCUUCCAUCACAAUCAGUACGCCAAAAAACCCGCUGGCAAGGAAGACACCAGCUGGAACGGAAUUCUACAGAACAUUUUGAGCUUCAGGUCAGCCGACGGAUCCUUUCACGAUGCCGACGGGCCGUCUGAUCUCAGACUAACGGCGCUGACAGUUCACGCCCUGUCUUCCAUCACCCUGCAGAGAUAUUCCGAUCCUGAUUUGCUCAAGUCCGUCUUGACUUGGAUGCACGGGCAGCAGAACGAUGACGGAAGUUUCGCCGACGGACCGAAUGUCACCCAACGUCAAAGGAUCGAAACCACCGCGUUCAUUCUAACGUGUCUGUCAGACGUCCAGCACGACGACAUCGUGUUGUUCCAAGUGAGUUCGGCCGCCCAGCGUUUCUUGGAACGUGAAUUGGCGGCCAGUCGUGAAAUGAAGACGAUCGUUCCAAUUGCGACGGCCGUCCUUGUGUCACAUUCUUCCGCCUGGCCGGAAACGUUGGCCAAACUAGAUAGCGUCUACGAUGAACUUAUCGAUUGCUACUUGAACGACCGCAAACAAUGUUUAAACGAGAUGACGUACGCCCUAACAGCUUAUUCUCAUCAGAACAAGCCCGGCAAAGUUUUGGAAAUGGUCAGGAUUUUAGUUUCGGCACCGUGGCAUAUUCUUCAUCCUUUGGACAAAUUGAGAAUGAUGAAAGCUUGGAGCAAAUACAGCCAGGUGCUCAACGAUCCAGUGCGUAAUCUCAACAUGCGACUAACAUUCCAGAACGGCGAAGUCACUUUGAUCCAAUCCCAUCAUCUGUCUAACGAGUCGGCGUUAGGCAACGCUUCCACGCCUCCGCAGAUGGAUUACGACGAUGAAAAUGUCAUAGCCGGAACCAGUGACAACGAAACACGUUCAGAGUCCCAGGAGGAGCAGCAAAACGUGCGGAUGCACACUCCGGCGCUUACGUACGACAUUCCAAGUCUCCCGCAGAACGUUGAAGUAACCUUAUCCGGAACUGGAUGCGCUAUUAUUCAGACUAAAGUGUACUGGAAAACAGUGGAGCCACCUAUUGUUGAUGGAUCUUUACUCUCCCUCUACACCUCAGUCGAAAGUGCCGGACUGGAUGAAAAUGAAGAGCCGCCAAUGGCGCUGAACGCUACAAUUUGUGUCCAUUGGAACGGAACAAGUUCGACUGAUUUGAAGAUUCGCUUAGAAAUGUUUUCCUCGUAUGUGGUUUCGUCAUUGGAUGCCGAAGAUAAUUCGAGUGAGAUUGGUUUUAAAAAAUUACCAAACGGUGAAGUCGUCGUGGAUAUUGCCCAGGUCAACCCGAAUUGUGGUCGAUGCUUUCGAUUAAGAGCGGGACGGACGGGAUUGGUAAGAAAUAUCCAACCUGGAAGGAUUGAUCUGUGGGAAAAGAAUCGCCCACAAUUUCAUCAUCACUGGCUUUUACAUGGCCCAGACAAUUCGACGUUGUGGGCUGGUACAAGAUCUUCAAUCGACCACUCAAACAAAUGGCUUGCAGCGAAGCCGCAAACUUGCAGCAGCUAAAGGAAUAAUAUCAAAUCGAAGGAUUGAAUCAUUUAAAGGAUUUCCUAUUUCCGCUUUUCCCGUUACUUUUUCUUGUUUCAUAUUGGAAUUCUUGAACGAAAAAAACAAAACAAAUUUUGAAUCAUGUUUUGACGAAAUAUUCCUAAAGCGAAGCAAAUCGAUAAAUUUUCUUUGUUGUUAUACGAAAUAUCCUAACUGUGGAAUGUUCCCUACUCCCCAGAUGACAAUACAUAGACUCACGAAACUCAA